GUGGGUGCAGAGGCGGGUGGUGGAGAGGCGAGUGUGCUGGGCAGGGCACACUCAGUGAAGUGAGUUGGUGAUGCAGUGGGGACGGGGGACCCAGAUCUGUUGUGGUUUGGCUCUGGAACGUCCCAGAUGUGUUGAAGGAUGGUCCUCAGUGCAUCAGUGAUAGAGGUGCGGCCUUCAGGAUGUGGCUGGACCUGAGGGUGCUGACCUCGGGCUGGAUCAGUCCAUCAGUGCAUUUGUGUUUGAUGCCAUUAUUGGGAGGGGAUUGAAGCUCUAGGUGGUGGGUCUGGUUGCAGGGAGUGGGUCAUUGGUGUGUGCUCUGCCAUGUCCUUCUGCUGUGAGGCUCUGCCUCACCUGCCCAGAGUAUGAGCUGGCUGAUCAUAGGCUGAGAACUCUGAAACCUGAGCAAAAUCAACCUUUCCUCCUCUGUUUUUCUCAGGCAUUUGUCACUAACAGUCUAUGUGGGUGAGGGGGUGACUGGGAGAGGGAGGUGCAGUCAGGCAUGGGUUUAGAACAAGGGUCCUGGCUCUGGCCAGGUUGGCGAGGAGUGUGAGGACCAAGCUGGAAAGUCUGCAGGGUGUUUGGGGUACACCGUGCUUGGCUUAGAAGUUUCUGAGGUGUGCACUGUAAGCCCUGAGCCGCUGAUGUGGGUGCUGGAGCCCUUGGUGUUGGGAGGGUUUGUGUGGCUGGCCAGUAGAAGCCUCUACAGAGCUGCCUGGUGGAGCUGGGUGUCGUGGCCAUGUGAGUCCCAGCAACACAGAAGCUGAGGCUGGAGCACUUGCAGCCCAUCCUGGAACAUAGAGACCCAAUCUGGAGAUAAAGUGUUUCAGGCCUGCAGGCCUGUGGCCUCUGCAGAUGCCCAGCACUGCUGCUGCAGCGUGAAGACAGCCAUGGAUCAAGACAGACAUGGUGUGAGUGCGUCUGCCAACUUUGUUUACAGAAAUAGGCAGCAGGUUAGUGUUCACUGGGUGAACACUAGGCCCAAGGAGAUGACCAGGAGGAGAGCUGGGGGCCAGGACUGGGACAGUGGUGGGGCGCCAGCCGUGUGAGUGGUGGGAUAGGCCAUGGGAGGCCUGGGAGAAAGGAAGUGCGUGAGGAGCCCGGUCCUUGGGGGCUGCUGGGAAGGUGGUGGCGGCUUCUGGAGCAUGGCGCCCUGGCCAGGCUGAUGGAAGUUGGGGAGGUGCUUCUUGGUUUUCACAAACUCCAGAGGAUGGUGAAGCACCUGGGGCUGGAGUGGUGGGAAGGUGGCCAGGGGAGAGGAGGAGGGGCCCGUGUGGUGGACGUCCUGCCUGGAAGUGCUGACUCUGCGGCUUUGGUGCUGUCCUCCUGUGUCCUGACUCCUGCCUCCUGGCUUCUGUCCUUUCAGUGGACGGUCCUGUGCCCCUUGUUGUGUUGUCUGCCGGUUAGCGGUGGACACUCUCCUCUGCCUGCCAGGGGCAUUCUCUCGGGUGGGCACUUGUGUCUGCCUGGACCCUGAUGCAGAUUCUUUGGGGUUUCCUUGCCCACCCAGCCCAGGCUCUGCCAGGCAGAGUGUUCUGAGUGCACCUGCAGGAGCUCUGGUGGCACAGCGCCCGGUGCGGGAUGGCAGCCCACCCAGCAGCAGGUGUGCGUGACAAGCAGACGCGUGCCUUCAGAGUGCAGAAGUAAGCAGGAGCCUGUUUCCGGAGCAUGGCCAUGGCUUCUCCCAGGGCCUCUGCCACCUCAGAGACCCCAGAGAGGUCCAAAGGAUAGGUGAAAGCCCAGCCAGGCUGGGCGGCAGUGCUCGGGAGUGCCACUCUGGGGCUUAGAAGGGCUCCUUCCACUGUCUCUGGGCCACAGAGAGUCACAGGCAGGAAGAAUUAAGCCCGAGCAAUGGGAGAAGAACCCAGGAGCUGCCCUGUGAGAGCAGGCAGCUGGACCCAGGAGUCCUGGGAGGGAGCAGGGCCAGGUGAAAGAGUAGGGUGAGCGGUUGGAGAGCAGGGACUGCCAGCCGUCACAGUGACCGCAGGUGGACACUUGGCGCACCUAAUGCCAGCAGGUGAGAGCUCCAGGAGCAGCUGCAGUCUCCAGGGUCUCCCAGGACCGUGCCCUGGAGAAGCCCUUGUGGUUCAGAUUGCCUUCACUGCUGACAGAGCAGCUGGGCAUGGGGAGCCCCCCUGUGUGUCCCCCGGGGCCUGGCCACGAGGACCAGGGAGUGCCUGUGGGGAACGCCCUUUGGGAUGUGCUGGGUGCCUGGGAACUGCUGUCCUUUGUGCUGGCUACCCACCUCUGUCACAGGCUGUAGCAAGGUGCUGCUGCGACCCCGGACGUCGGAGGAGGUGUCCCGCAUCCUCAGGUACUGCCACGAGAGGAACCUGGCCGUGACCCCACAGGGUGGGAACACAGGUUUGGUGGGGGGCAGCGUCCCUGUCUUUGAUGAAAUCAUCCUGUCCACUGCCCUCAUGAACCAGGUCACCAGCUUCAACAGUGUGUCUGGAAUCCUGACCUGCCAGGCAGGGUGUGUGCUGGAGGGACUGAGCCGGUAUGUGCAGGAGCAGGACUUCGUCAUGCCGCUGGACUUGGGAGCCAAGGGCAGCUGCCACAUUGGGGGCAAUGUGGCUACCAAUGCCGGCGGCCUGCGGUUUCUGCGAUAUGGCUCCCUGCGUGGGACUGUGCUGGGCCUGGAAGUGGUACUGGCAGAUGGCACUGUCCUGGAUUGCCUGACCUCCCUGAGGAAGGACAACACAGGCUAUGACCUGAAGCAGCUGUUCAUUGGGUCGGAGGGCACCCUGGGGGUCAUCACCGCUGUGUCCAUCUUGUGCCCGCCCAGGCCCAAGGCUGUGAAUGUGGCUUUUCUUGGCUGCCCUGGCUUUGCAGAGGUUCUGCAGACCUUCAGCACCUGCAGGGGCAUGCUGGGGGAGGUCCUGUCUGCGUUCGAGUUCAUGGAUGCCGAGUGCAUGCAGCUGGUCCAGCAGCAUCUCCACCUGGCCAGCCCAGUGCAAGAGAGUGCCUUCUACCUCCUGGUUGAGACCUCUGGCUCCAGCACAGGGCAUGACGCCGAGAAGCUGGGCUGCUUUCUGGAGCAGGUGCUGGGCUCAGGCCUGGUGACUGACGGCACCGUGGCCACAGACGAGAGCAAAGCCCAGGCGCUGUGGGCCCUGCGGGAGAGGAUAACGGAGGCACUGAGCCGGGAUGGCUAUGUGUACAAGUAUGACGUGUCCCUCCCCGUGGAGCGGCUCUACGACCUGGUGCCUGACCUGCGUGCCCGCCUUGGCUCACAAGCCAGGCAUGUGGUGGGCUAUGGCCACCUGGGGGAUGGUAACCUGCACCUGAACGUGACGGUGGAUGCCUUCAGCACAGCGCUGCUGGACACCCUGGAGCCCUAUGUGUAUGCCUGGACGGCAGGGCAGCGGGGCAGUAUCAGUGCUGAGCAUGGCCUCGGCUUCAGGAAGAGGGACGCCCUUGGUUACAGCAAGCCGCCUCAUGCUGUGCAGCUCAUGCAGCAGCUCAAGGCCCUGCUGGACCCCAAGGGCAUACUGAACCCCUACAAGAUGCUGCCCACCCAGGCCUGACGGGGCCCCACUGUGGUGUGCAGCCAGGAAAGACCACCCCCUGCUGGAGAGAUCAGGAACCAACUCUGGGUUAAGGGUGCAGGACUCCCGGCAGGCCUCUCCUCGCCGCUCGCUGCUCUGUGGAGUGAGCAGAGCAGAUGGAGCUGCCAGGGUCUGCUGACCCUUUUGCCUGCUGCCAGCUUGUCCUAAACAGGCCAGGUGUGUGGGCGGGUGUCCUGCUCCAUGGCCAGUCCCCCUGGCUCCAACUGGCCUGCUCUAGCCCUUGUGGAGUGUGCCCAUAGCAGCCGUGGGCAGGGCUGACGAGCCCCGAGGAACCACAUUACCAUGAUGACCUGGAGCGCUGGGUGCUGGGUGGACCUGGCCAUGGAGUGGAGCAGGCCUGGGACUGGUGACGAGGUCAUUCUUUUCCAGAAGGCCUCAGGCUGGAGACGCCUCACCUGGCAGUGUUGGGGCUGAGGGGCCUGGCACAGAGGUGAGCCCUCGAGGAGGCUCCGGCGGUCCUGGCUCUGCAGCUGGCUGACCUGUGGUCCCUGGGCAGUGUGGGAGGUUGGACACAUGCUGUCGUCUUCUGUCUGUUGUGAAUCUCCAGUGAAAAGUGAAAUGCUCACAUCCUU